AUGGAGGUGCUUAGUUGCGCGCGCUUUGGCGACGAGAAGGAACUUACGACACUGCUGCAGUCGGUAGAGGGGACUACGCGUGACGCACUUGUUAACUAUGUACAGCCGGAGACGCUUAAUACGCCGCUUCACAUGGCUUGUGCAAACGGCCACGUCGAGUGUGUACGCGAGCUCCUGAACAAUGGUGCUAAACACAGGCCAAAUGCCAGUGGAAAUCUGCCAUUACAUUGGGCCGUACAAAAUAAGCAUCGCGAAAUCGUCAAGUUAAUUCUAAAUGGUGUGAAAGAUCUGGAUGUUCUUGCACGCAAUAGUUUUGGCCGUGGAUGCGUAACAGAGGCUUAUCAAUGUGAAGACACUGAGAUUUUGGCAAUGCUACUAGAACACAGUUCAGCGACAGAGGAGCGUUUGGCUGAAGGCACGGGUAUGGGCAAGGACGCGAUCAAAGAAGAGAUUGAGGAGGUCGACGAUUGUGAUAGCAGAUUGUCGAAAGUGUUGCAGGAAACGGUUCUAGAGUUUGAGUUUGCUCCAGGAUUACCGACAUUAAAAGCUCGAGAGCUUGCGCUGGAAUGGAGCAAGGAUGCGUUUGGAUCUAAUGGGGAGGAGGAUAUUACAGGAGUGUCUAUUUGGUCAGCAGCACUCAUUUUAAGUCGGUGGAUUAUAGACCACCGCUAUAUCUUUGAUGGCAAGAAAGUAUGUGAGCUUGGAUCUGGAUGUGGAGUGAGUGGCCUUGCAGUACACAAAUACACAAAUGCUACCAAAGUUGUACUAUCGGAUUUGUUCGCUCACACCAUUCAGAACCUUGAACACAAUGUAGAGCUAAACAAAGUAGACAAGAAGACGCAAGAUGAUGAGAAAUCAAGAGAAGAAGCACUUGUUCUUGAUUGCUGCGGUCGAUGCGGUGCUGUUCAGCGCUUUACACAGGACAACCCAGAAGGCAAGCUCAUGACAUGUGGUGGUUGCAGAUCUGUCGCUUACUGUUCGCGCGAAUGCCAGAAAAAGGCGUGGAAGAAACACAAGUCCGAUUGCAAGGCGAUACAAGCCAAGCAUGAACAUGCUGAGGCUCUGAAGAACGUGAUUAUUUCUCAGCAAGGUGAACUCCAGGUAAAAGCCAUUGACUGGGCUGAACGUGAGACUUGGCCUGUUCAUUGUGACGAGGACAAAUUCGAUGUGCUUUUCGGCUCGGAUCUCGUGUACCAUCAGGAGAUUGUACCCGUGCUUGUGAACGUGGUAGAUGGCAUGUUGGCACCUAAUGGACGAUUUAUCCACGUCGCUUCGCAAGCACGACACUCGCUGGUGGAAUUCAAAGACUCGAUUGAAGCCCGUGGCUUCUCAUGUGAAAUAGAACAAGUUACUGAUGACUACAAAACAAAUCCGUUGGUGGGUAACGACGCUGUGGCUGAACUGUUCGCUCUACACUUUAACGAAAUGAGUGACACGUACUGUAUCUACACAUUCACUCGCACUGUCCAACCAUAG